AUGGAAGACGUCUUCGACAGUGGGAGACGCACCGGAAGAAACGCAGAAGAUGUCUUUGAAAGUCAAGAAGAUGAGAGUACAGGUCAUGAAUGUUCUUCCGUACCAAUUCAGCCUGACGAAGAAGACGCUGCGCAAGACCAAGACACGGAGCUCGGCAGUAAGCGCCACACGCGAACCCCUUCGUUGGAACAAGCUGUGGAGAUUUCGGUUCCCAAGAGGCCGAGUCAAAGAAUUUUGCUCAGAAACAUGUCGGCGGUGGCACAAGUCGUGGAAGACUUUGAUACAGCCUACUUUGUGAAUUCAGUGGGAGAUAUGCCGACAACGUUUAAGUCGGCGAUGGAAUCAAAAAACGCGGUCAAGUGGAAGGAAGCGUGCGACUCCGAAAUCGACUCCCUCCGCAAGAACAAGACAUGGCAGUUGGUGCAAUUACCUAAGGGUCGGAAAACUAUCGUAUACAGAUGGGUGUUCCGCGUCAAAGAGAAUCAAGAUGGUGGGAUCGAGCGUUUUAAAGCGCGCCUUGUUGCAAAGGGGUUCUCACAGAAGUUUGGCAUCGACUACGGGGAAACAUUUGCUCCGGUUGCCAAGUUCACUUCGAUUAAAGUCAUCCCCAGUCUGGCAGCCAAGUACCACCUUGAUGUGCACCAGAUGGAUGUCAAGACCGCGGUUCUAAACGGCGAGCUGGAUGAAGACAUCUACAUGGCGCAACCGGAAGGCUACAUCGACGAAGAUCACGAGCAUUUCGUUUGCAAAGUACAGCGGUCACUGUACGGACUAAAACUAUCACCGCGGAUGUGGAACAAGACCAUCGACGAGUUCAUGAUCAAGAUCAGAUUCAAGACAUGCGAGUCCGAUUACUGCAUUUAUAUUAAGCGAGAUGAGCAGCGCAUGAUCUUCGUGGCGCUCUACGUCAAUAAUUAA